CCGUUGGUUGGUUUUCGAGCGAACGAGGAAUCGGUAAAUGGGGAAAAUUGUAACUUGGAAGUAAAUGGGAAACGUUGGGAGAUAUUUGGAACGUACUUUUCGACUACAACCGCCGAAGCAAGGUCGACGAACUCUAAACGGGAUCGAUGGGACGAUCCGGAAUCUGGAUUCUGGAUUCCGGAUUCUGGAUUCUGGAAUUCGAAGGACGGAAGGAGCGCGCCGAUGCGGAGGGCGAGGAAAGCGUUGGUACGCGCAUCCGUCCAAUUUAAAUUGCAAAUAAUUCGCGCGAGCGUGCAUCGGGAUCGGAUCUAACGAAGCCUCGUCGUCGAUCGCGGCAGCGCUCGCCGCGGCCGAACAACAGGUUUUUGCGCAAGCGUCUCUCGUCGUUCGCGCCUGUCCAGCGAUAACGAAACCGACAAACAGAAACGUAGGCCGAUCCGAGUAAAAGGAUUACGAGACUGCCAUGGACAGGGAGCGCCAGUCCACGGCCACCGGCUCCUGGAUAGAUCCGCGGUCCGACGUCGUCUCUGGACCGACAGCUUCCGAUAACAUGUCGCGUUCGUACGGAAGGAGAGCGAGGAGCUUGGACGACGUCGCCGUCGAAACGUUUGGGAAGUCCGAUCGGAGAGACGGCGAAUCGUCGGAAGCUUCGUUCGCCUAUCGGUCCUGUCAGCAAUUUCUCGCAACCGGAAAGAAGAUCGAGUCUUCGGAGUCCGCCGCGGGUGGAGAAGGCGACGGCGCGGGGGUGGCUCUCUUCGAGAAAUCGGAUCCGAAGCGUUUGGCGGCGAAUCCUGUCGACUCGUCCCGUUUCGUGGAUCCGGCUCGCGAAGAAAACGAGGACGCGGAUCGGUCCGCGGACGAUUGGAAGGAGAAAUUUAAGAACAACAAGAGACUCUUGUCUUGGAUCGACGCGGUAUUUUCGUUGCUCCUCGUCGCUCCGAUGGCCGUUGGCUUUUGGCGAGGAAUCUGGACCUUGAUGGAUCUGUACGUUCGAUGGUUCCCCCAAGUGGCGACAUUUGUCUUCGGUAUUCUGACGCACACGAUCUUCGCGAUCUUCAAGGACCGGCUGCACGACCGUGCCUGCGCGGCUCACGCAUCGAGGAGGAAGAGCCGCGUCCGCAAAACGUUUCUCAAAAUCCUGCAAAUUUUCUACACGUACGUUUUCGGGGUCGCUUGCAACGCGCAAUGGCGCGGCGGAUGGUACAUCUACGACUACUGCUUCAGCGAUCGCGUUUGGGCGAUCGCUGGCGCGUCGACAGCGGCGCUAACGAUCCUGGCGAUACUGCGUUCCGUUCGAAACGUGAUGGCAGCCCCCAUGGUCGUUUUCAUCGACAAACUUGGUUUCGUGUUCCGCUUUCCAACGAGAUACGAAUCGCACUUGAUAAAAGAUAGCGGUGACUGA